AUGGAUUUAGACGGAGUUGUCAAUGAUAAUAGUGAAGUAGAUAAUGAUAUAAUAUGUGAUCAUUCUAAUUUAUUUGUAGCUGAAAAUCAGAUUUAUAAUAAUAAAGAAACCCUUAAGGAGGUUAUGAGGCAUGUUGGACUUGUUGAGAAGUUCAGCUUUCGGGUUGCACGUUGUAAUGAAUCUAAUUAUCAUCUGAAUUAUAUUUCUAAGAGUUGUUCUUGGAUGAUGAGGGCAUCUAGUUUGAAUAAAUCUAGUUUAUUGAAUGUUCGGAAGUAUAUUGCUCAGCAUACAUGUUGUGUUAGAGAAAGAGUUUAUGCCAGACGUCAAGGGAUAACUGACGUUGUAGCUGUCUUGAUAAUGGAUAAUUAUAUUGAUCCAUCUAAGGUAUAUACUCCAAAAGAUGUAGCUGAUGAUAUGUUGAAAUUGCAUGGUGUUUCGUUGACAUACAUACAGACAUGGAGAGCUAAAGAAAAAGCAGUAAAGUUGGUGCGAGGAGAUCCAACAGAAUCUUAUGCAAGAUUACCUGGUUAUUUUUACAUUUUGGAGCAAACAUAUCCAGGAUCUGUUUUGAAAAUAAAAAGGAAUGAAGAUGAUACAUUCUUAUAUGCAUUUGUUGCUUUAGAAGCAUGUAUUAGGGGCUGGGAAUAUUGUAGGCCAAUUGUAGUUGUUGAUGGUGCUGCAUUAACAUGUUCAUAUGGUGGUACAAUGUUAACUGCAAGCACAUUGGAUCCGGGAGGUCAUAUACUUCCGUUGGCAUAUGCGAUAGUAGAUUCUGAAAAUGAUGCUUCAUGGACAUGGUUCUUUGAGCAAUUUAGAGAAGCAUAUGGAGUUAGACAAAAUAUGUGUUUUAUGUCAGACAAAAAUGAAAGCAUAUGGAAAGGGACAACAAAUGUAUAUCCUGAAUCAGAAUAUUAUGCAUGCAUAUGUCAUUUAUCAGUCAAUGUUUUGAAGAAUUUCAAUAGAAAUACUGAAGAUUUGAGGAUGUUGUUCUUUUCAUUGGCAAAAGCUUAUACAAAACAACAGUUUGAGACAAUUAUGGAAAGAAUAGAUCAGAUAGAUACACGAAUACGACCAUACUUGUUUGAUAUUGGUUAUAGCAAAUGGUCAAGAGCUUACUCGAAUUGUAAGAGCACAUGGACCAUGACUUCAAACAUCGCGGAGUCAUUGAAUAAUGUUAACAGAUUAGCACGGAGGUUACCGGUGAUUUCACUUCUUGAGUUUAUGAGGGUGACAAUUCAGAGGUGGAUUCACAAGCAUAAUGAGGAGGUUGAUAAGACUACAUCUAAUCUGACAAAAAAAUAUGAUGUUUAUCUACAGAAAAGUAUUACGUUAUCGUGCAAUAUGAGGGUGAUACCUUCAACUGUUGAUCUGCAUGCUGUAGCUGAAGGAGCAAAGAAAUACAUAGUAAAUUUGAACACAAGGAUGUGUAGUUGCGGAAGAUUUCAACAUUAUGAGAUACCACGUGGUCAUGCAAUUGCUGUUCUCCGGUACAGGAAGUUACAUGAAGCAGAUUUCUGUUCUGCUUUUUAUAGCCUCAAGAAUUUCAAAGAUGCUUAUGCCAUUCCUGUCGAGCCUAUCCCGUGCGAGAGUACAUGGGAUAUACCAAGUUAUAUUUCAGAUCCCGCCUGGUCCAAAAAGAGCAGCAGGAAGACCCAAACUUGA